AUGGCUUCACCACUCCAGCCGUCUCCGACUAUCCUCCUCCCCGGUCUACCGCCGAAGACGCUGGUCGGGAUCGACCUAAUCACCUUCACCUCAACGGCCAACUUCCAUGGAAUCCGGGAUUUACCCGAAGGUUGGCACUUUUUGUACACCGGUACAACAGAGAGCCUCUCCCUUCGCUGUGGAGCAUGGUUCUACGUCGGUGAUAUCGGCAAGGCUGGGAUAGGAGGCAAUGACAACGCGCUCGUGACACGAAACCAAAGACCAGGGCCGGAGAUCUAUAUCUGGAAAUGGAAUUCCGACACUGAGUCACUUGCUUCGCUGAAAGCCGACAGCGAUCUAGACAGUCAGGCCGCCAUGCGCUACAAGGCGAACCUGGGUGCGGUCUGGCAGAAUGGUGGCUUAUUCCGAUACCGAAGCCGCGUGUCGCCGGCCAUGCUGUCUAAUCAAUCCGGUUCAACGCAGAAUGAGGCACCCCGGAUGGAAGAGGAUACGGAACCCGAGGAAAGCGGACGCAGGGAUUGGCAACAGCUUACCGACCGGAUAUCGCCCAGUCUGCUGUCUCGCGUUAUUGGCAAUGCGGAGCUGGACGUCGAUGGCCAUCCGCGGUGGAUGGUGACGUCUGCCGGUACUGCCAACCGUGAUGCGGAUCAUAUCCCUGGGCUCGAUCAACCAGCGGAAGGACAAGAUGGAAAAGCAGAGACCAGCGGAGAACAAGAAAGGGAGUUUGGUUUCCUUCCGGUUGAUCUUAAGCGAACUUGGCGAGAGGGAGCCAUUGGACGCGAAAGGACCGAAGCUGCCCAGGACCGCUCUUGGGCUCUGGGAGAAUUGAUCCUCGUGUACUCUAGUUCGGUCACUGGCGAGAUAACAGUUGAUGAGCGAACCGGUGAAUCACAGCUUCUGGGGGAGCUACAGUUCACCUUCCUGAUGGUUCUGACCAUGAUGAACUUUUCAUGCCUCCAGCAGUGGAAGCGGCUUCUGGAGCUUAUCCUAACUUGUCGUCGAGCGAUUGUUGACAGAGAAGAAUUCAUGAGCGAGGUGGUUCGCUUACUUUUGCGGCAGCUGAAGCGGUGCGAUGAUGUCGAAGGCGGUCUCUUCGAGAUUGACGGCGAUGAAGGUGGAGCCUUCUUGCGCAACCUGCUCACAAAGCUUCGACGAUCUGUGGAUGAAGUUGUUGAGAAUGGAGCCGGCUCAACAGUCAAGGCCGAACUCGACAAGCUGGAGGCAUGGGUGAAGGAAGAGUACGACUGGGAGUUGAAGCGCGAGUCUAUUGUCAGACGGGGAAUGCUCCAACUGGAGGACGGCGAAGAAGUCGAAAUGGAAAUGGACGAUAACGACGAGGAUGAGGAAACGGGCGAGUAUGCCCCCCUCGUCGUUGAUCUGGACGAAGGCAACACCAUGCCGGAAGAAGAGGUUGAAGAUGAAGGCACACCUGACAUCGACGACAUGAGAUACUAA